UGUCGACGAAGGGCAAGGUGUGAACCUGGCUAAAUUAAAUCCUUAAUUAAAAAAGACCAGAAGUACACCGUUAACCAGUUACCAUGGCAACAGGGGAAGAUGACAUGAUGAAGCAAGCUCAGACCAUCUGGUCGAUGCUUGACGAGCUGGCUGACUCCAACCCCGAUGGCUACCAGAAGUUCAUAGAGAAGAAUCUAUCGAAAGGGAAGACUGAAACGGAAGCAGCCAAACCCUGGAUGUGUGUCAAGACACGUUUUUUGAAGCCAAAGAAGGAGACUCUCUACAUGAAUAUCUGCAGCUGGGCUAGAAUUCCUAAGCCCAAGACGUCUACUGACCCGAUCGCUGUCUCAGCUGGUCCAGUAGAAGAUGAAGAAGAUGAAACUGGUCCCUACAAGGUGGUACGUGUUGCCGUCAACCCAGACGUCCUGGCAGAAUGUGCCAAAAAUGCAGAAGAGCAAGAUCUUCUCAUCGAUCUCGCCAUCAAGUAUCUCAAGGAGCAGAAGAAACUUCACCUCUCACAAAACUUCCAGAUCUGCCAGAAUGUGAAGUUUAAAGGAGAUGCAAGUAACUUAAAGAACUUCUUCAACACAAAACAGAAGUCCGAUCAGAAAGAAGAUGAACGGGACAAGACGAUGGAAAACCUGAGUAAGCUGACACCUGAUUCGCUACUGAGCCGGCUGAGAGUAUCUGAUGACCAAUCGGAAUCCUCCAACAACAAUAAGCCUGAAGUGUCGUUACAGUUGAACGGGAAUGAGAAGCCUAAGAGUGGUUUGAUUGAAGAGAUCGGGAGCGUUGAUGAGAAACUGAGCUGUCCCGAGUUUGAAGUUUUGAUGAGAGAAGCGGACGGCAAACGGUGUCGGAGGUGUGUGGUCAGAAUAUCUCUCCCUGAUGUCCAAUCCGUCCAAGAGUGUGAACUAAACAUUGCAGAGGAAGAAAUAUCACUGCUGGUUCCAUUGAAGUAUGAGCUUCAUCUACCGCUACCUGAAGCAGUUUUAGAAGACGACUCCUCAGCCAAGUUCAACAGUAAAACAUCUUCACUGACACUUACCAUGCCAACAAAACAAUUAUAACAAUACAACUUUUUUUUAAUCAUCUGAAUCUUCUUCAAAGAGAACUGCAGGCUUCUGCAAGUCUUUUAAGGUUUGAAUGCUUUACUCUACUGGAGAUGCGCAAAUAUUUUCUGACAAUACAGUAUGUCAUGACCUUGUGGUUUUAGAGCAUCGAAUUCAAGCUGGCGGUUAAGUCAUCGGGUUGUGGAUUCGAAUCCCAGUCAUGACACUUUUGUCUUUGAGCCAGUUGCUUACCAUAAUUGCAUCUCUUCACCCACUGCAAGGCUAUAAAUGGUCCGUACCUGCAAGGGUAGACUGGUUGAACUCGUAUUUGAAAAAGCCUUAGAAGCACUCGGCAGCCUCUGGCUGUCUUCUCCCCAGGAAGCCGACAAAUAUUAAUUGAAGGUUCUUGGCCCCGUUACCAGGGCACAUACAUAGUUAUAAAAUGCAGUACAUAUGAACUUGUUUUAUUAAUAUUUACACCAAUACAGCGUUUUUGAGCAGGCUAUAACUGUAAUGAACUAAUUUUGGAGUUUUCUUCAACAGGAAAAUACCAUAGGAUCACUUGCAAAUUCUGAACAAUAAUGGGGAGAUUUCUUCUCUUUGGCAAUGACUCUGACAAAAGUUUGUGUCUAUUUUGGAAAGCCUACUUGUUAAAAAAAAUGAUAAUAGUAAUAGUUUUAUGGUAGUAAAUAUCUUGCAACAUUAUUUCUGUCUGAAGUGCCUUUAUUGAUUAGAAAUAUAUAACAGUAUGUCGAGAAAUUUUGAUACCAAAAGAUUGACUCAAGAAUAUAAAACUAUUUUGUUUGCAUUCAUACCAUAGGUCCUUUUGGUUUCGAGCAGUUUGCAACAGCUAAUUCCAUAUUCUCAAUGAAAAAUGUAUGAAUUGUAACAAAGUGUCUGUUUUUGAAAAUAUACUUUUUAUUGACGGCAACACAAUUUCACAUACAACCACAACAAUUUCACAAGUUUAAUGAGUACUGAAGUACCAUGACUUCUAAAUAAGUACAUUUUGCUUACUAAGACAUUCUAACAUUUUUUUGAAACAGAUUUAUGAAUUUAUAAAUUAAAUAUUCGAUUUACAAUUUGAAUAUUCACGACUGGUUAAAAAUAUGUUACUCUUUCUCUAUUUACAGUUUUUCUUGCUUAAUUUUUUUUUUUAAGAAUCAAAAUUUAAUUUAAAUGGGGCCUACAUCUAACUAAACAUAAUAUAGUGAAAGUGUGAACCAUGGAGGUCAUUCAUGUGUGAACAUAUAUUGAAAUGUAGGCCACGUUCUUGUGUUUUUUCCCUCUCUAUUUUGUUAGUGAUUUUUCCCAAUUUCUUGGUAGUGAGCUUAUAGACGAUGUGACCUAUGUUUACAUUCAAACCGCCCUCUGUUGACAAAACACUAACAUAAGUCAUGUUUCGCCCGGCACUGAGUUGCGUAGGCAAAGUAAGCUUGCGUACACUUUCUAGCUGGCUGCCAAAACGCAAAGGUUUUGCCCG